UUCCGCACGGAUUAACCCUUGAAGCUGCAUCGAAUGCACUGUUUGCCAGUACGGCGUGCAAUCAUUAUAAUGUGUUUUAGCCCGUUUUGCCAUUCCGUGUGUGUGCACGUUCCGUCCCAUGUGUGCGUGUCGUCAUCUCGUAAUGAUCUUAGGUAAAAGAAUGGGAAAAAGAAUAAUGCACGCAUUCAUAAAAGUGUGAUUGACGCGCUGCUACGGGUACGUGCGUACGUUCAUCUCGCGUUUACACUGAGUGUGACGGUGGAAAAAAAAAAUAAAACUUUCGGCGUGGAAAACGAAAAAUCGUCGGCAGUGCGCGCGGUUCGAAACGCGCGUGUAAAUAUAUCGAAAUUAUUCCCCGUCAGCCAAACCAUUAAACGAUGGCAACUGCUUCGUCCGUAAUUGUGCUAGACUCGGAUACGGAUGAUGAUGGGGUGAUAAUAGAAAGCACUUCCAAUCGUAGAGGCAGCAAACGAAAGGCAUCACCAUGUCCCACCCCAACCACACAGCAGAACGGAACGAGUGGUGGCAGCGUCACCAGCAGCAGCAGCAGCAGUAACAUCGUCGGGCCAUCGGUUACCGGCGGCGGAAGUGGUGGUGCACAUGAUCCGCAACGGAAACGCAUCAAACCGAUAACGAUCGCGACGAACCUGUCGGAACAGCGGUGGUCGUCGUCGGAUGGCAAAACACCGCCACACAACAAUAACAACAAUAAUCAUUCGAUUACGGGCAAUGAAAACUUUGCGCCAAUAACCUAUUCGGAAGAUUGGGAGCAGGAAAUGAAACAGUACCAGCAGAAGCUUGCCUCCGGUGGAGAAAAACGGGACCGUUCCUUGCCGGAAACAACAACAUCGGCGACAGCAGUUACCAGCUCUCGCAGUAGCACUAGCACCACCACCACCACCACAACAAACGAUGAUUCAGACCCGAACGGCAGCAACCGAGGCACACCCGGCUCGGUGGAUAAAAGUUUAUCCGAAACGGCAUCCACCAACGAGCAGCUACGGUCUGCCUCGCGCCAGUCACGCAAAGCGCCGAAAUGUUCCACUACGAUCGAAAAGAAUCCGAUCGGGAAAGAGUUUCAGGAGCUGCUGGACGCUUGCCGCAAGGCGGACAGUUCUAACGACAUGGAGCUGCUUAUAAAGAAACGGCUAAUCCGCUACUACGAAAUCGUCCAUCCGGACUACGUAAAAUCGAAAAGCUUCAAGAAAGCCGUCGCUGCUGCAACGGCCGGUAUACGGGCCCAGCCGCACCUGGUCUUUCUGAAGCUGGUCAACAUUGUGGAGGAACUGAAGGCGCGAAGGAAAUCACGGUCUGUCGCACCACCCGCGGAAGACUCUUCGGAAGCCGCGAACGACAAUCCGGACACCUGUGUCCCGCUUGCCCCGGAAGACUUUUCGACCGGGAAUGCUAAAAAAGAUCGACAAAUCAGACGGCUAAACUACACGCUGUACGUCCUGCACAAGCGCAUCCACCAGAUGGAGGAGGCCGAGGUGGACUUUAAUGAUGAGGCCAACUCGACCUACGUGCUGGCGGAACGGUACAAAAAGCAUGCGUUCAAGGUGUACGAAAAGCUGUGCGAUAUAACUGGCGAGAGCAAGAAUGCGCACCGGCUGAUCCGGAAACCGAUCUACUUCCGGGACACGCAGUACCCGGAGUUUAACCACACGCUGUCCCAGUUUCUUAACCGGACGAACAUUUUCCCCAACUUCCGGGAUGUGUUGCGGUGUCUGGAGCACUGCAACACCCGGUACGGGUAUGGGUUGCGGACGGAGCGGAUGAAUCGGGUCGCGCACGAUGCGUUCAUUAAGGUGGGCAAACAGUUGCAGAAGCGGCGGAAAACGGAUCUGUACGAGACGGUGAUGUAUCAUACCGGGGACGAGAAGGAUCCGGCCAUUACCGAUCCGAAGUUGCGCGAGAAGCUGGAGGAGAAUGGGAAGCAUUACAGCAAAGUGAACAGCAUCAUCGAUAGGUUUGCUGAGAAAGAGUUGAGUAUACGCGAGGGGAAUCACGAAAAGAAGGACAAAAGCGCGACACCGGCGGGACAAAGUACUGAAACAAAGCCAUCCAGUAGCAAAGGUGAUGCUGCUACCCAGUCAGCCACGAGUAUGGACACCACGGCUCCGAAUGGAGGUACGCAUGAUGACGUGCUACAGCUUAGCGAGGACGACGAUGAUGAUGACUACGACGAUGAGGAUGAAGAGGAUGAGGACGAGGAGGAGGACGACGCCGAGUCUACCACGAAGGAAAACGUACGGCCAGACUCGUUCGAGGAUGUCGUCAUAUCCGACGACGAGGAGCUGAUCAUACUCGACUCAUAGCAUUCGCCGAGAAGAUUCGUUUUAUCCUAGUUUUUGUUUCGCCUAGGAAGCAGUUGGCACGGACUUGGUCCUUAGCUGACGCAGCUCGGGAACGUGUUUCACUCCCCUUCCUUAAAAUCUAACGCGCUGCAUCAGCGUAGAAAGGGAAGGGGAGACUUCCCCGGGUCGCUGUCGGGGAAUUUGAACGCUCGAGGCCGGGCGGUCGUCGAUUGGUGUGAUACAAGUUAACGAUUAAGUUCAUUUCAUCUGAUCUCGUGUUCGGGCAGAUACAUUUGUCAAGCGACUGAAUUACCGAAAGCUUUUGUCCAAAUCGUCUAGCGUAAAGUGGGCGUGCGUGUGUAUAUAUAUACAGCAGAGGAAUCAGAGCGAAGCGAAGAGACCGGCUGGUUGGCGGAGGUUUCUGGUUGGUGCGACGGUGCCAUUCUGUGUAACUGAAGUGUGGGAGAUAGCAAGUGAAAUAAAGCUCCUUGUGACGGAAACUAUUUUUCAACGUACACCCGUA